ACUGGAUCUUUAGUGGGCACAUCACGUCAAGUAUCAAGAUGAAGCUGUCUCUGGUCGCCCUGUCCUGUCUGCUGCUCGCCGCCGCCAACGCGUACGAGCCUAUCGAGCUCAACUACCACGAGAAUGUGGGCAUCCCGAAGGCGGAGGCCAUCCGCCAGGCGGAGCUCGCCGCUGACUUCGACGGCACCAGGAUCGUAGGGGGUUCCACCGUCAACAACAUCCAGGAGUAUAGAUUCAUGGGAGGUCUCGUGAUCACUCUGACUACCGGCCAAACCUCAGUGUGUGGCUCCUCCCUGCUGUCGGCGACCAAGCUGGUGACCGCUGCGCAUUGCUGGCGCACACACAACGCUCAGGCUCGCCAGUUCACCGUUGUGCUGGGCUCUACGCGCCUCUUCUCCGGUGGUACCCGCGUCAACACCAACCGCGUCGAGAUGCACGGCAGCUACAACAUGAACACCUUGGCCAAUGACAUCGCUAUGAUCACCAUCAACAGGGUCAACCUCAACAACAACAUCAACACGAUCGCUCUCGCCUCCGGCAACAACAACUACGCCGGUUCCUGGGCGCGCGCUGCUGGCUUCGGACUGACCAGAGACGGUGGUGGUAUUAGCAACAAUCAGGCGCUGUCGCACGCCCGCGUGCAAGUCAUCACCAACGAUGUGUGCCGCCGCACCUUCGGUAACACCAUUCAGUCCUCCACGCUCUGCAUCAGCGGCGCCAACGGCAUCAGCACUUGCAGCGGCGACUCCGGUGGCCCACUUACCACCGACAACAGAAAUACUCUGAUCGGUGUGACUUCAUUCGGCUCUGCUCGCGGCUGCCAGCGGAACUUGCCUGCCGGCUUCGCUCGCGUCACUUCCUUCAACUCCUGGAUCCGGGCCCGCAUGUGAACACUUGAUAUCAAAUUGACAUUUAAUGAAUAAAUAAACGGUAUAUCUAUUAUU